AUGACGCAUCAAAACCACCAAACAAACGGUGCUAGCCUCGAGGAUUGCCACACAAACUUCUUCGCCUUGACGGAGUUGUUUGGCAUAAAAUGGCGUAAGCUCGUGUGGGAGCGGGAGUCGAGCGGCGGCGGUGGCGGUGGCGGCGGCGAGGGCGAGGAGGGCGCAGCGCCGCUGGCUGACCCGGUGAUCAGCAGCUACGCGCGCUGCCUCGCCGGCGAUAUCCUGUGCGUGUGGCGCCGCGUGCCCGCGCACCAGCCGCCCGACCUGUACGACAUGCCCGCGCCGCCGCCGCUCUCGCUCCGCGCUGCCAAGGAACUCUGGAUCUUCUGGUACGGUGAAGAGCCCGACCUCAACGGCCUCGUCGCACCCGAGCUGAUCGCGAGCCAAGGCGACCAGGGUUCAUGGGAGAGCGGACUCUCGUAUGAAUGCCGUUCCUUGCUCUUCAAAGCUCUCCAUAACCUCAUCGAAAGAUGUUUGCUAUCGCGGGAUUUUGUGAGGCUCGGGAAAUGGUUUGUCCAACCUUACGAUGGCGACGAAGAAGAUGUUGGCAAGAGCCCGUGGCACCUGUCGUUCUCGUUCGCGUUCUUCCUGCACGGCGAGAGCACGGUGUGCGCGUCGGUGGACGUGCGCCAGCACCCGCCCGUGCGCACGCUCACCGCCAAGCGGCUGGCGCGCCUCGCCGCCGCAGACCACCGCGACCGCGCAAAGGUGAUCCUGGCGCCGUUCGGUCUGGAGGGGCGCGUGACGGGGCGCGAGUGGAGCGACGGCGACCCGACCACGGCGCGACUGCUCGAUGCCUGGCGCCAGCUCUACCCGCUUGAGCACGGCUGCGGUGCCGUUGAGGUGGAGUGCGGUGGUGUGCGCAUGCGCUACCCGCUGCCGUACGCGCUGCUGACGGAGAUGGAGGCGCCGAGCUCGGGUGCGCCGGCCGCAGCCGCCUCGGCGCUCGCGCGCCGCGCGCUGCGAUCGCUUACCACGCCGCGCCCGCACCAGACACCGGAGCUCUGCUACGAUGAUACGUCGGGCGAUAAGUGUGAAGACUUUCUGGAUCCCACUCGGAAAACACCUUGUACCUGCGCAAAGGCUGUGGGCGGCGCGUGCUCGCCGGGCAGCUGCGGCGCGUCGCCCGCGCCCGCCGUGUCGGCGCCGUCGUCCGCCGGCGCGCCGCCGCCCUCGCCGCACCUCACCGCGCUGCCCGCGCAGUCGGGCGGCGCGGUGCCGACAACGCUGCACACGCCGGCGCCCACGCCCGACCCGCACGCGCCGCCCACGCCCGCGCCGCCCUCCGCGCCUCCGCACAAGCUCUACCCGCAGGGGGACUCGCCCAGUUACGCGGGCAACGGGAACGGCACGGGCGCGGCGACGGGCUCGGAGCUGCUGCGGCGGCCCGUGCUGCCGCCCGCCGAGCAGCGCCUCGACCCACUCGAGGACGAGCACUCGCUGCACAUGCUCUACGACUACACCACCGUGCACGCCUGGCUGGAGCACCCGGUGAAGCGGUUCAAGGCGGAGGCACGCGGCGGCGAGUGGGACGCUGAGGGCGAGUGGGGCGAGCGGGGCGAGUGCGGCGAGCGAGGCGAGUGGCGCGAGUGGCGCUCGUGCCGCGAGUGGAGCGGCUGGAGCGAAUGGGGCGAGCGGCUGGCGCUGGGCGCGCGCGCCGCCGACCUGUACGCCGGCCUGCCGCACACGCCUCCGCCCGCGCCGCAGCCCGCGCCGCCCGUUGACCUCAAGCAAGAGCGCAACGACGAUGACGUAAAAGAGUACAAAAACCUUUUUACAUCGGAUGGACUAUGCCCAACGUUAAAAGAUCUAGAUCAAAUAUUCGAUAAUUCGGACGAUGCGGCCAGUGGAGAUGAAACGGUAAGACUUAUGGCGCUGGCGGCGGGCGCGGGGGCGGGUGCGGGCGCGGGCGGCGACACGGCGCGCUGCGAGGAGGCGCGCUGCGGCGGGCGCUGCGUGCGCGCCGAGGAGCUGAGCAAGAUGUUUCCCACGCCGCCCAGCAUGGAGGCGCACGCGCAGCCCUCGCCCGGCUUCUCGCUGCCCGACGACGCCACGCCGCAGCCGCACGUGCACCGCCACCUGCUGCCCGGCUCGCCGCCGCCCGACCCAAUCGAGGAUUGGUCGUACGUGUUCAAGCCGCCAACGGUGUGCAAGUACGUGGGGUCGUCGAAGUACGCGGCGCUGAGCACGCUGCCCAGCCAGCUGCUGCCGGCAGUGGCGCUGCCGCCGCACGCCGUGUACCGGCCGCGCUGGCAACUCGACGCGCCGUGCGACCCGGACCCCGACCCGCACCCGGCCCCGCCGCGCACCGGGACAGCAAAUAGUACAAACAACAGCAGUAGUAGAGGCUUAAAGAGGCCCGCGUCGCCGAGCACGGACGCGCGGCCGGCAAGCGUGGCGGGCGUGGGGCCGGGUGCGGGUACGGGUGCGGUGGCGGGGGCGGGUGCGGGCGUGGGGUCGCCGCGGCCGCAGCGCAGCCCCGCGUCGCCCGGGUCGGUGGCGUCGCCGCAGCCGCCCGCCGCCGCCUGCCCGCUGCUACUCAACGUGCUGCUCACCGACACCGUGCUCAACGUCUUCCGCGAUCACAACUUCGACAGCUGCACGCUUUGCGUCUGCGAUACUGAGGUGGGCAACAUCCGUGGCGCGGACGCGGCGGCGUACCUGGCGCACGGCGAAGCGGCGCCCGAGCAUGAGAGCGUGCGCUGCUCGUGCGGCUUUAGCGCCAUCGUUAACCGCCGUCUCGCGCACCGCGCCGGGCUCUUCUACGAGGACGAACUGGAGAUCACGGGGCUGGCGGUAGAGGCGGUGGAGGCGGCGGAAGCUGCGGAGGCUACGGGUGCGGCGGGGGCGCGAGGCGCGGGCGCGGGGCGCGGCGCGGCGCUUGCGGAGGUGGCGGGAGUGCUAGCGGCUCAGUGCGCGGCGCCGGCCGGCGGGCCCGCCUCCGCGCUGGCACGCGCCGCCGCGCGCCCGUACACGCCGCGCGCCGACCACCUGCGCCUCAACCUACUCGAGUACAGCGACGGCGGUGCCGCAGCCACGUGUGCGCUGCGCGAGGCCUCCACCAGCGGCAGCGCGCCGGCCGGCACGGCCAACACCGGCAGCACGGGCAGCAUCGGCUGCACCGGCACCGUGCACCGGUGGCCCUUCAUCGGAGCCCGUGCGCCGAGAUCCUCACGGGACGUCGUAAGAUUAAUGCGUCGGCUUCGACCUCUCCUCCAAGACGCCAUUCAGAAGCGGUGUUGUGGAGCGCGGAUGUGGGACGGUGUGACCGGGCCGCUGACGUGGCGGCAGUUUCACCGGCUGGCGGGGCGCGGCAACGAGGACCUGUGCGAGCCGCAGCCCGUGCCGCCGCUGCUGGUCGGCCACGACCGCGACUGGAUCUCACUGUCGCCGUACGCCCUUCGCCACUGGGAGAGGCUUUCGCUCGAGCCUUACUCAUACGCGCGGGACGUGGCGUUCGUCGCGCUCGCGGCGGACGGCGAGGCGCUCGCCGACCCGUUACGAACGUUCUUUCGCGAGCUGUCCACCGCGUACGAGGCGUGUCGGCUGGGCAGGCAUCAGCCGAUCACGAGGAUAGCGCGGGAUGGGAUCGUGCGAACGCCGCCGGCGGAGCGUUGCGACACGGACGAAUGGGCCGGGGAGCUGCCGCCGGGACGGCUCGGCGAGUACGUGCGCGCCUAUGCGGAAGCGUUGCGUGAGCUGGUGGCGCAGCUGUCACCGAUGACCAUCGACCGGACGCUGUUCGAGGGAGAGAAGGCGACGGGCAUGCGGCCGCCCGUGGCACCCGAGCGGCCGGACACGCCGGGUGGCGGGGCGGGCGGUGGGGUGUGCGAGGCGGGGGACGCGGAGGCGGCGGGCGGCGGCGCGGCGGCGGGGGUAGGCUCGGCCGUAUGGGCGGAGGAGGACGAGGCGGGCCCUGCGGCGCUGGUGCUGUACCUGGUGGAGCCGCCCGCCGCGCACGCGCACCACGCGCUGGCGCUGCUGGCGCUGCUGCGUCUCGCCGCGCAGGCGCACCACCACCUGCAGCACCACAACCCCUUCAUAAAGAUAAUUUCACUGGAGGGUGUGCUGGAGUGCGGCGGCACGGAGCUGCGCACGCUGGCCUUCAGCGUGUUCAGCGGCGCGCGGCGCCUGCUGCAGCACCAGCCCAACGGCAAAUCACUCACCGGCUUUGGCACUGCUGCCAACGCAAACCUUUUCCUCAAUUCCAAAGACGAGAAGAACCGCGCGGCGUACCGGCUGUUCUCGCCGGCGUGGGUGCUGGCGCCGCCGCGCGCGCUCAAGGAGGUAGCGGAGACCUGGGGGCAGGCGUGCGGCGACCAGUGCUCUGUGCUGUUCGUGGCCUACUGCCUGUCGCACGACCAACGCUGGCUGCUGGCCGCUGCCACCGACGCGCGCGGCGAGCUGCUCGACACCGCCGCCAUCAACAUACACGUGCCCGCGCGGUCGCGGCGGCGGGCGGGGCGCGCGGGACGGGCGGGUCCGGCGCGGCGGCUGGGCCUCACCAAGCUGAUGGACUUCACGCUGGGCGUCAUGUCGCAGGCCGCGCAGCCCUGGCGCCUGGUCGUGGGUCGCGUCGGUCGCAUCGGCCACGGCGAGCUUAAAGGCUGGAGCUACCUGCUGUCGCGCAAGAACCUGGUGCGCGCGUCGGGCGUGCUGCGCGCCGUGUGCGGGAGCUGCGCCGCGCUGUACCCGGGCGGCGCGCCCUGCGUGCUGUCCGCCUGCCUGGUGUCCACCGAGCCCGAUCCCUGCCUGCGCCUCAUGGCCGACCGCUUCACGCCCGACGAGCGCUUCUCGCAGGCCUCCAUCCACUCGCAGCUGCACACGCCGCGCGACGUCACCGCCACGCACAUCCUCGUCUUCCCCACCUCCGCCACCACGCAGUCGAAUCAGAUGCCGUUCGAGCAGCCGAACGCCAACGGCGAGGACAACGACAUCAUGUUCCUGGGCGUGGACAUGGCGGACGAAGACAUGGGCGAGGACAACAUGGCGGAGCUGCUGAUCGGCGACAUGUUCACGCACAUGUGGGCGCAGGGCAGCCCGCGCGCGUCGCCGCGCCGCCACGACGACGAGGCGGCCGGCAGCCGCGACGGCAGCCCGGCGCGCCACCACCACCUGCACCAGGCCGCCGGCUACCACGUCGCAGACGACCACCAGCCGGAGCAGAUCGGCACGAUGCUACAGCAGCCGCUGGCGCUGGGAUACUUGGUGUCGACGGCGCCGCUGGGCGCCAUGCCAGCGUGGUGGUGGGCGGGCUGCGCGCACCUGCGGGACGCCUGCCCCGCCUUCCUCAAGAACGCGCUGCACCUGCACUCUGGCAGCGCGCAGGCCGCCGACGACUUCACCUCGCUCACGCAGCGCCGCGACCACAACUCGCACCCGCUCGACUCGCAGACCACCACCGACGUGCUCAGGUACGUUCUGGAAGGAUACAACGCACUGUCAUGGUUGGCGCUGGACGGCACCACAAACGACCGACUGUCCUGUCUGCCGCUGCAUGUGCAGGCGCUCAUGCAGCUCUACCACACGGCCGCGGCGCUUGGCUAG